AUGACGACAAGAGUGACAGAUCAAGGUGGCAUCAACGGAGACGUAUUCGACGAUGGUGUUUACGAUUAUGUGAGGAAAGUGACUGUCGGAGAAUGCUCCCAGGGCAUCGCUUACAUCAAGAUUGAGUACGUGAGAGAUGGAGUAGUCGUGGAACGAGAACAUGGAAAAAAGACAAGAACACAAACACAGGCCGAGUUUGAAGUUAAUCACUUAGACGAGUACAUCACAUGGAUUUGGGGAACGAUUAGAGAUGAUUACGUAUAUGGGAGUCGUACCAUCGAUAUCGAGCACCUGGCUGGAUUAGAGGAGUUAAAACCUAGUCGAAUGGAUGAGAAUCCAAGGUCUAAGUUUGCGGUGUCGGAGCUUCAGUUCAAGACAUCAUGCGGGAGAGCAUCUCAGGUGUUUGGUUCGCCCGGUUUGCCUGGCAAGGAGUUCGUGUUAGAAGGCAAUAACGGAACGAAACUUGUUGGGCUCCAUGGUCGCUUUGGUGACUUUCUCUGCUCUAUAGGAGCUCACUUUAUCUUCGUUCCUCCUGUUUUCAAGCAAGUAGAACCUCAUGGUGGGAUCUAUGGAGACGAUUGGGACGAUGGGGUUUACGACUGUGUGAGGAAAGUGCGUGUUGGAGAAGAUGCUGAUCGUGUCACCUCCGUUGAAUUCGUAUACAGUAAUGGAGAUCAGCUGAUAACUCAUUCUCACGGCAAAUUACAACAAGAACACGAUAGAUAUGGUUUGAUUUCGUCUUUAACCUUCAAAACAUCAAAGGAUAGAGACUCUGAGGUAUUUGGGAAACCGAAUGGUACCAAAUUCGUCAUCAUGGCAAAAGGGUUUGAUAAGCUUGUCGGGUUCCGAGGAAGGUCUUUCGGUAAUCGUCUCACUGCUCUCGGAGCAAAUUUUGCGGUGGUGGUAGCUCCUCCAGUGAAGAAACUAGAAGCAAAAGGUGCGAAUCCUGGUUGCAAGGAGUGGGAUGAUGGGAUCCACGAAGGUGUUUACAAGAUAACAUUUAAGCUUUGGUUAGGAGAUGAAUACAUCACAUCCGUUGAAGGACACUACGGUCAAAGACUGCCACUUUCUGGAAUAGUGCGUGAAUUGACUGAACUGAUUGGAUUCAAAUACAUAACGAUGCUUAAGUUCAAGACAAACAAGGGUACAUAUCAAGCGUUGGGGAACGAAGAAGAAGAUUAUGAGUAUGUGGGAGAAUCGUUCGUGUUGGGGAUGGAAGGUCACAAGAUUGUUGGGUUCCAUGGCAAGUCUGCAUUUGGUGCUCUUCAUCAAAUUGGUGUUUACGUCAAGCCAAUCGAUAAUCCUUAA